CUUGAACGGCCAAACCUGGGACUCCUUACGCGGACAAGCCUCUCAAGCAGCGCAGCCGCCAGCCAACCCUAUCUCAAAAUUAAAAAAAAAAAAAAAAAAAACUCCUCGCUCAACUCAUCGACUCAUCGUCUUCCUCACAACUCACAAGUCCGCGCUGCUCUUGCCCGUGCUUUGCGAGUUUGCGCCUCCACCAGUCCGGCAGUUCCGUAGUCUAGCAGUCCACCUAGUACGCAGGUUGCGUGAUUUCAGCCAUCAACAGGCCUAGCUAUCAAUUUGUCUUUUAAAGCUUUAUAGCCUGAUCAUUGAUACUAACUAUACAAACGGCCAAUUUUCGCUUGUGCUCAGGUGAUAUUGUUCUUGUUUGAAACACCUUCUUAUUCUUCAUGUCUUCAAGAAUUAGAAAGUAUGAAUCGGGGCAUGAUAAACGAAUGAGAAAAAAGAGAUUGGAUGCAGUAACCGAGUCUCAAAGAGGAGCUCUAGAUAAAUUUAUGAUAAAAAAUGCUAGUGUUAAUGGAAGUGCCACCGUAGACUCUAGCCCAAAUCUAGAUGGUGAUUUGCCUAUUGAGAAAGACCAAGAAAGUGAUGAUCUAUCUAAUAAGGAUGUUGUUAGGGAAGGAGAUGAGAAUAUUAGUGAUCCGCCAGAUACGACUCCAAGUGAUAUUGAAAAUCAUGAACAACCUAAUAUUGGAGAAACUUUUAGAAUCAAUAUAUUUGAUCCUCGAAAUUGGGAUGCUCUAAGUGCAAAUAUGAUUGAUAUCUUAGUUGAGAAAGGAUUGAAAAGAGACAUGUGUAUUGAGAGUUAUCCAAGAGAUAAAUUUAACAGAUGUUUUUCUUGCUCAUAUUAUACAAGAGUGUUAUCAAAUGGAGAGAAAUAUGAUCGAGAUUGGCUUGUAUAUUCAAGAGAGCUUGAUAGAAUCUUUUGCUUUUGUCGUAAAGUGUUUCAUAAAGGUUCUUCAAGGAGAGGACAACUAGCAUUAGAAGGGUUUAAUGAUUGGAUACAUCUUUCAAUUAGGAUUAGAGAGCAUGAAAUAAGUGCUGAGCAUAUUAAAAAUAUGGCCACUUGGUAUGAUUUGCAAUGGAGGCUUAAACAUAAUCAAACAAUUGAUAAGAUGAGUCAAGGAUUGAUUAAAAAGGAAAGGGAUCACUGGAGCAAUGUGUUGUUGAGAAUUAUUUCAAUUGUCAAGUUUUUGGCAAAACAUAAUUUAGCUUUCCGAGGUAGUAAUGGACGGUUGUAUGAAGGCAAUAAUGGAAACUUUUUAGGUUUGGUUGAAAUGCUAGCAGAGUUUGAUCCUAUAAUUCAAGAGCAUGUUAGGAGGAUCACAAAUGAUGACCUUUAUUUUCAUUAUCUUGGUCAUGCUAUUCAAAAUGAAUUGAUACUUUUGCUUGCCUCUAAAAUUAAGUGUGAAAUAAUUCGAAAAAUUAAACAAGUAAAGUACUUUUCAGUGAUACUUGAUUGUACUCCAGACACUAGCCACCAAGAACAAAUGUCUAUUAUAUUGAGAUAUGUGGAUGUCUCUUCCGAUGAUGUUAGCAUUGAGGAAUCAUUUUUAGGAUUUUUGAAUGUUGAUGACACAACUGGGCAAGGACUUUUUGAGUCCUUACAAGAUGAAUUAAAAAAAUUAAAUCUUGAUAUAGAUGAUGUAAGAGGUCAGGGAUAUGACAAUGGAUCAAACAUGAAAGGAAAACACCAAGGAGUUCAAAAGAAAUUGUUGGACAUAAAUCCAAGAGCUUUUUAUGCAGCAUGUGGGUGUCAUAGUCUUAAUUUGAUUUUAUGUGACAUGGCUAACACUUGUGGAAAGGCUAGGGAUUUUUUUGGAAUUGUUCAACGCAUUUACACAAUUUUUGUGAAUUCAACCAAAAGAUGGCAGAUUUUGAAAGACCAUGUAAAGGGAUUAACUUUGAAAUCAUUAUCGGCCACCCGUUGGGAGAGUCGCAUUGAUAGUGUGAAAGCUAUAAGGUUCCAAAUUGGAGACAUUCGUGAAGCUUUACUUGAGAUAUCUGAAAAAGAUAGUGAUUCUAAAAUAAGCAGUGAAGCUAAGUCAUUAGCGUUGCAUGAACUGAGUAAUUUUGAGUUCUUAGUGGCACUAGUUAUUUGGUAUGAAAUCAUAUAUCAUGUCAAUUUGGUGAGUAAGAGUUUGCAAUCAGAGAGCAUGCUUAUAGAUGUUGCUAUUCAAGAGAUAAAGAAGUUGAUAAUUUUUUUUGAGGGGUAUCGAGAAAGUGGUUAUGAAAAUGCUAUAGAAGAAGCAAAAACAAUUGCCAUUGAGCUUGAUAUUGAUCCAAUUUUCCCUCAAAGGAGAGCCAUUCGAAGAAAGAAACAGUUUGAUGAGAGUCGAGAUAACUAUUCAGAAGUUGUUAACCUAUCUGCUAAUGAGUCAUUUAGACUUAAUUACUUUUUAUAUAUUGUUGAUCAAGCUACUGUUUCAUUGAGAAGGAGGUUUGAACAAUAUCAGGACUUUGAGAAUGUUUUUGGCUUUUUAUUUACUUCUCAGAAAUUGAAUGCAUUAGAAGAUGCACAAUUGAAGGCGUGUUGUUCUCAUCUUGAAGGUGCUCUUAAGAAAGAUGAACGGUCUGAUGUUGAUGGAGAUGAUUUGUAUAUGGAAUUGAAACUUCUUAGAGAAUUCUUACCGGAGAAAAAGAUGGGACCUAUUGAUCUCUUCAAAUUUUUGAAGCGUUACACUUGUUUUCCUAAUGUGAUAAUUGCAUACAGAGUAAUGCUGACUAUCCCUGUGACUGUGGCUAGUGCGGAAAGAAGUUUCUCCAAGCUUAAAUUGUUGAAAUCUUAUUUGCGGUCUACAAUGUCACAAGAGAGACUCAACGGUUUGGCAAUGAUAGCAAUUGAGAAUGACUAUUUGGAGAAGAUUGAGUGCAAGGACUUGAUUGAUGAUUUUGCUUCAAAGACGGCAAGGCGGACUGCUUUAUUCAAGAGAUAGUGUUAUAAUUAUAUCUAGUUAUUUUAAAUUAUGUCUUUUUCUAUUUGAACACUUGAACAAUUAAUUUUAUUGAAUUUUGUGAGUUUGUUAUUACAUGUGAUUUAAUUUUUAUUCAU